UUUUCCCCUCCCGUCCAGUCUGACUCGGACAGCUGCGCUCAUAUUACCCUCCUGCUUAUGAUCCAAAAUCCCUUCGCUUUUCCCGUCUCCUUCAUAGUUUUCAUAAGCGGACUUCGAAGUAACUUUAGGUUUUCUGGACUAAAAAUAACCACCAAGAUGUUUUUAUCUCAAGACUCAUUUUGGCCAUUUCCCGCUGAAUAUUGAGCCUGCUGACAAUGAGCCUAUUUGCUCUAACUAUAAUACUUGCCCUGGGAAACAGAACACAGAAGGACAGGCAUCUGAGGAGGCCUCCCAGGCCUAUGUCCUGGCCAUUCAUCGGCAACCUGCUGCAUGUUGGCGAUCAAAUACACAUCUCUAUGACCAACAUGAGGGACAAGUAUGGCGAUGUCUUCCAAAUGAGAAUGGGCUCAAUUGUUGUGGUGGUGCUGAGUGCUUAUGAAACCCUAAGGCAGGCCUUGGUAGUACGUCAAGGAGAGAGCUUCGCAGGGAGACCUGAGCUCUUUUCAUUUUCGGCUGUGGCCAAUGGGACCAGCAUGACAUUCAGUGAAAAGUACGGCGAAGCUUGGAUCCUCCAUAAGAAGAUCUGCAAGAAUGCUCUGCGUAACGUCUCCCAGGCCGAGGCAAAGAGUUCCACUUUCUCCUGCCUCCUGGAGGAGCACGUCUGUUGUGAAGCUUCUGAGACGGUGGACAGACUCAAGGAGCAUUCAAAUUGUGAAAGCGGCUUCGAUGCCACCAUUGCCUUGAUUACUUCUGUUGCUAAUGUAGUCUGUGCCUUGUCCUUUGGCAAAAGGUACAGCUACAAUGAUGAAGAAUUCCUCAACAUUGUUCAAAUAAACAAUGAAGUCCUGAGGAUUUUUGCAGCUGGAAACCUGGCAGACUUUUUCCCCAUUUUUCGUUAUUUUCCAAGCCCAUCUUUGAAGAAAAUGGUACAUCACAUCCGUAAAAUUAAUGGCUUCAUGGAGCAGAACUUUAAGGAUCAUCUGAGGACAUAUGAUAAGGUAGACUAAUGUCCAAACAAGUCAAUUAAUUCUAUGCAUUCA